UCAGAUUAGGAGAUUAGGAUCAUGUAUGCAGAUUACUUUAUAAACCAGAUUUAGCAGAGGAGAGGGAUUCUUCAGCAGGACAUCGAAAGACUGCUGCCUGCAAGCAAUCACAAUGCCGGUCAUAAAUGUGGAGGACCUGACAGACAAGGACAAGGCUCUGAUGGCAGUUAACCAACUUAAAAUUGAGGUGAAGCUUGAGAGGUGGAUGACAUCUAAAUGCUGCGAGGAGAUCAAGGACUACAUUCAGGCCGGAGUGGAUGAGGACACUCUUGUCAAAGGCAUUUCAGAGGAGAAGAACCCCUUUAAGGAGAAAGGUGGCUGCGUCCUUUGUUAGACUGAACAUGAAGUGUUCUUCAUAGCUCCGAUUAGCAGCCAAGGACAUUUUUCCUGCCCUCCCACAAUGGAUUUGCAGACUGAGAACCCUAGAAGGGCAUAAUGAACAGAAGAAUUGAUACAACUUCCUUGUAAAUUAUAUUCCUCGGCUUCUAGCCAGACUUACAGGGUAUCUUUUUAAGUUUACUGGAAUUAUGUUUUUUCGCAAGUGGUAUGUUUAAUGCUUCCCUUUCAUGUGUAAACAGAAUAAAACUAUCCCACGCAAUGUUCACACAUGGUCCCCUCUCAUUAAAUGUGCUUGUUUAUACCUCA